GGACCACGGAACUCGAAGAAGAAAUCCAAAGCAAAAGCUCAGCAAGCCAAGCGACAGAAUGUCAAACCGAACACGAAGGUACCGGUGACAAGCGAAACAUUGGCCGCGAAGAACUCGACACUAGAUGUCAAAUAUGCGAUAGAAGCCACUGCUUAUACUGUUGAUAAUGACCCAGCCCACGAGGUCUUCGAAGAUGCGGAAGACACAUCCAUGACCAUGGAGCGACAGCCACCUGAAGAGACAGCUCGCCAUCCGUUGCUGGCCCAGUCGCCGACCCAGCAUGAAGCUUUCUUGCAACAGUUACCUCGGAAGAAGAAAUGCACCGGGCUUGGCUUCUUGAGCCCCAAGGCUAUCAAGCUCACCGAGCCGUGCAUCCACGAUCCUGGGUCUGGCCCUCGCGUUCGCGAUGUGGACAUGUUCCUCUCUUCCUACUGGGCAGCACCCGCCUCGCUCGACGACGAGCUUUGUGCUGCGUUUUCUGCACCAGAGGUUCUGGAUAUGUUGCAAGAAAUGCCUGGUCUGGGCAAGGAGCUGUCAUCGAUUCUGUACUACAAUCGCUCUCGGAGAACUUCACGUAUCUGUCCCGCGUGCAGACGCCUCUUCAAUGUCGGCGAUGCCCUUAAGCCUCACUUCGAGGACGACACAUCACAGCAACCGGGCGCGAUGAACGCGUGUCCCCCCGCACCGACCGCCCAGCUUGUUGCAGAACAAGAGCUCAGUGGACUAUGCUCGCCCGUGUGCUUCAUUCUAGCCUUUCUCUCCUCGCUCCCCUCGCCCACGCUCACGCUCGACCAUCCUCUCGUGCAGAAGGGCGUCAGGACGACGUGGGGUGCGAUCGCGGAGGAUAUGGACGACGAGAUCUGGGAUUUGCUGGACUCACCGCAUGCGGAUACAGCAAACAACGGCGAACACGAAGGACUCGGUCUGCUGCUCAAGAUGACACGGAUGCACGACCUUGGGUUGGGCCAGAUAUGGUUCCCGGAGGAGGACUUCGACGAGGACGCGGACGACGCACGUGGCUCGACCUCGGGAUUGGAAUCGUCGCCAUUAGCCAGCUCGAGUUCGAGCUCGACGGUAUCGGGUUCUUCGGCGUCGGCGUCUCCGACGUCCGAUCUCUCGCAGAUGACGGGGAGUGCAAGUGAAUCGUCUGCCCAUCCAUGGUCCCUGUCCCCGAUGCCGUUGGAGUCGGUCUGGAUGACCAAGCGACGACACGAAGAUCCGGACUACAGUGACGACGAGAUGUCGACGGGGAGCUCGAUGCCUUACCACGACGCGCGAUCUGGCACGUCCGAAGUGGAGGACGGGUAUUGGACGUCGGAGGAUGAGGACGCGGAGAUGUCGUCGGAAGAGGACGAGAGGGGGCGGAGUCCGUACGUCAAGCGUAUCGGGACGAGGACGGUGGAAAGCAUCGAGCGCGAUUCGGGUCGGUGGGCGCAUAUGGUCACAGAGGAUGAAGACGACGAGAGCGAGGAGUACUGGACGAGCGAUGACGAUGAGCCUCGAGGAAGGAGUAGGGAGGUAAAGCCGAUCGGGAACCGUGUGGCUAGCCAGCGCAGUCGACCGGUGGGAGGCGCCGCUGCGGAGACAAGAGUGAAGUAGCGUGCGAUGGAUGACGACUUGGAUGGGAUGGGUCGGUUCGUUUCCUCAUUGGCGUUACGUGCUUUUCUUUUUUCUUGCGUUCAUGGGUUGGAUGGUUGUAUCGUACGGAUGGCCUAAUACUUGCAAUCACGACCCGC